AUGUCCAACACACACCUUGCCUACCACCACGAUAGCAGCCUCCACACCUACCAAACAACCGCAACAAGCAUAACCUCCUUCUCCAACCUGCCCGAACCAACACGCGCUCUCUUCCAAGAGAGGACUGACCAGUACUAUGUCGUUAUAACCGCGGGCACAAUCUUCCACCCUCAAGGGGGUGGCCAACCCUCUGACACGGGAACCAUGGAGUCCCUCUCCUCUCCUCCUUCUAGCACACCAACGCGAUUCACAGUCCACACAGCCCGCAAAACCAACAACCAAGUCCUCCACCUCGGUACCUUCGACCCCCCUUCGCAACCCUUCGCUCCAGGGGAAGUAAUCACGCAGCAAAUCGACCCCGCCAAACGCCUCCUCCACUCGCGCCUCCACACAGCAGGGCACGUCCUCGGCGGGGCCGUGCGCCAGCUACUGGAGGAUAAGAUCGAGGGGUUUGACGAGCUCAAGGCGUCGCACUUUCCGGGGUCCGCGGCGUGCGAGUUCCGCGGGUUGAUUCCGGGGGAGUGGAAGGGAGGGAUUCAGGAGCGGGUGAGGGAGAUUGUGGGGGGAGGGGUGGAGGUUAGGGUUGAGUGGUGGGGGGUGGGGGAGUUUAAGGAGAGGGGGUUGGGGAGGUUAUUGGGGGGGAUUGGUAUUGCUGGGGAUCCGGAUGAGGGUGGGAAUGGAGGGGAGGAGGAGGAAGGUAAGGGGAAGAAAUUGAGGGUGGUGGUUAUUGAUGGUGUAGAGGCGUAUCCGUGUGGAGGUACGCAUGUGGAAACCACUGAUUUGUGUGGGGAGGUGUUGGUUAAGAAGAUUGUGAGGAAGUCGGGGGUGUCGAAGGUGAGUUAUUCGGUGGAUUAG